UUCCAGCAGCAGUAAAACGCAGAGAGGAAAUGUGUGAAGGCUUGAUGAAAGCCAGAAUUGAAAUGUCAGUAAAUAUCUAAAUGAGAAAGAAUUCGCCGUUUCCUUCUCAAGACAAGUAAUUAAGGACGGCCCCGCCCCCCUCCAAGUUUUUAAGCUCCAAGGUUCCCUGGGCAAAGAAAGCAAACCUUCAGUAGUCACACAUUACUCAACUAGCCUUUACGACACCCUCACUAGUGUGGUUAUUUGUUUCUUUUACAGAUAAAACAGGCUUAGGGACGCUGGCACACUUUGGGGGCACACUGCUGGGUCUGAGAAUGGAGUAGCCAGGCCUUCUUCCCUAUGGCCCAUGGUCACUUCUCCACCUAGACAUACCUCCCACCAUUUAAGCCCUCUAAAUUCCAACAAACACUUUCCAGGUUAAACCCAGAAGUCCAGCGUCAUCUCACCUCAGAAUCCCUCCAAUUCUCCUCUUCUGUAGCCCUACAUUUCCACAGGUCCCUUGUAAAGGCUCAUUCCCGGGAGGGGGCGUACGACCCUGCCUCCUCCAUCCAGAACUCCGGGAAUGUCUCCCAGGCUCUGGAACCAAACUGACCGCUCGCUCAGCCUGGUAUCCAGCGUCGUCGUCUCUUCAGCUGCCACCUGGGCCGCCGCAGGGCUCAGCUCUGGUUUUCCUUUCUCUUCUUGGAUGGGAAAACCGGGACUCAGAGCCACGGCAACUUCCCUAGGAUACACGGUCUGGGGAGAAGCCGGUGUGGUCUACCGUCCUUUGACCACAUGCGCCCCCUUCUCCAGGAGCCCGGCUCGCAGCGAGUAUCCGGAUCCGCGCAUGGCUCUGGACGCGCGGGGGAAAAGUUGUCAGCCGUGGCGUGCGCCUCUCACCUCGCGGUGCACUUCACCGGCCGCACCUUGCACACACCCCGCCCACGCCCCCUCUCCUCCUACCGCCCGCGCGUCGCCAAGCAAAGCCGCUCCCGGUCGGGUCCUCGCCCGGGUCGCCGCCGCUUCCGCCCGUCCGGCGCGCAGCCUGAGGAGCGCCGAGCCAUCGGAGCGCGCGGCGCGGCGCGGGACGGGCUGGGCGCGCACUCUCGGCGGUGCACACGGCGGACCAACUCUCCGGCGCGCGGGGUGCGUCGCCCGUCGCCGCCCCGGUACCGGGAGGCAGAGCGAGCGCUUUGUCCGCGAGCCCGCCCGGGACUCUGCCCCGAGGAGGCAGCCGCGCCGAGUCCCCGCCUCCGCCUCUGCCCCCGGGCGGGCCGGGCCGGCCGCGGUGGGGGGAGCCAGGCUGAGGGCGAGGGUGGGGGCGGGGGCGGGCUCAGGAGGAGAGAGGAGGGCAGUAGAGGCGGCGGGAGCGCCGGGUGCCGGGCCGGGGGAGCCGCGGGGCUCUCGGGAAGACGCGGAUGAUGAACAAGCUGUACAUCGGGAACCUGAGCCCCGCCGUCACCGCCGACGACCUCCGGCAGCUCUUCGGGGACAGGAAGCUGCCCCUGGCGGGACAGGUCCUGCUCAAGUCCGGCUACGCCUUCGUGGACUACCCCGACCAGAACUGGGCCAUCCGCGCCAUCGAGACCCUCUCGGGAGCAGAAAAAUCCAAAUUCGAAACAUCCCGCCUCACCUGCAGUGGGAGGUGCUGGAUGGCCUGUUGGCCGAGUGUGGGACAGUGGAGAACGUGGAACAAGUCAAUACAGAUACAGAAACUGCUGUUGUCAACGUCACCUAUACAACAAGAGAAGAAGCAAAGAUAGCAAUCGAGAAGCUAAGUGGACAUCAGUUUGAGAACUACUCCUUCAAGAUUUCCUACAUCCCUGAUGAAGAGGUGAACUCCUCCUCACCCCCUCAGCGAGUCCAGCAUGGGGACCACUCUUCCCGGGAGCAAGGCCACAGCCCCAGGAGCUCUUCUCAGGCCAGACAGAUUGAUUUCCCGCUGCGGAUCCUGGUCCCCACCCAGUUCGUUGGUGCCAUCAUCGGAAAGGAGGGCUUGACCAUAAAGAACAUCACCAAACAGACCCAGUCCCGGGUAGACAUCCACAGAAAGGAGAACUCUGGAGCCGCAGAGAAGCCCGUCACCAUCCAUGCCACCCCAGAAGGGACAUCUGAAGCGUGCCGCAUGAUCCUUGAAAUUAUGCAGAAAGAGGCUGACGAGACCAAACUAGCUGAAGAGGUUCCUCUGAAAAUCUUGGCCCACAAUGGCUUGGUUGGAAGACUUAUUGGCAAAGAAGGCAGAAAUCUGAAGAAAAUUGAGCAUGAGACAGGGACCAAGAUAACCAUCUCAUCCUUACAGGAUUUGAGCAUAUAUAACCCUGAGAGAACCAUCACGGUGAAGGGUACCAUUGACGCUUGUGCCAAUGCUGAGAUAGAGAUCAUGAAGAAACUGCGCGAGGCCUUUGAAAACGACAUGCUGGCCGUUAAUCAACAAGCCAAUCUAAUCCCAGGGUUGAACCUCAGUGCACUUGGCAUCUUUUCAACAGGACUGUCCGUGCUCCCUCCACCAGCAGGGCCCCGUGGAGGUCCCCCCAGUGUCCCCUACCACCCGUUCGCUACCCACUCCGGAUAUUUCUCCAGUCUGUACCCUCACCACCAUUUCGGCCCGUUCCCGCAUCAUCACUCCUACCCAGAGCAGGAGACUGUGAAUCUCUUCAUCCCAACCCAGGCUGUGGGUGCUAUCAUCGGGAAAAAGGGGGCGCACAUCAAACAGCUGGCUCGAUUUGCUGGAGCCUCCAUCAAGAUAGCUCCGGCAGAAGGUCCGGAUGUCAGCGAAAGGAUGGUCAUCAUCACCGGACCACCUGAAGCCCAGUUCAAGGCUCAGGGACGGAUCUUUGGGAAGCUGAAAGAAGAAAAUUUCUUUAAUCCCAAAGAAGAGGUGAAGCUGGAAGCCCACAUCCGAGUUCCUUCGUCGACAGCUGGCCGGGUGAUCGGCAAAGGGGGGAAAACCGUAAACGAGCUGCAGAACUUGACCAGUGCAGAAGUUAUCGUGCCUCGUGACCAAACGCCAGAUGAAAAUGCGGAAGUGAUCGUCAGAAUUAUCGGGCAUUUUUUUGCUAGCCAGACUGCGCAACGCAAGAUCAGGGAAAUUGUCCAGCAGGUGAAGCAGCAGGAGCAGAAAUACCCUCAGGGAGUCGCCUCACAGCGCAGCAAGUGAGGCCCCCCAGGCGCCAGCAAACAACCGAUGAAUGUAACCCUCCCAACACCUGACAGACGAGACCAAACAGCCAGCAGAUCGGGAGCAAACCAAAGACCAUCCUGAGGAGUGAGAAGUCUGUAGAGCAGCCAGGGCCUGCAGACCCCCACACAUCCUGGGAUCCAGGAGGCCGAGGGAGGGCCGGGUUCCCCAGGAACACCACUUGACCUGCGCCCAGCUUCCCCUGGCUUCUGCAGGCUUACCAUCAUCCACUGCCCAUCCACUCAGCUCCCUCCUCAGCUCCUAGGACGCCGUCCCUUCCAGUUGAACUAACAUAGGUGAACAUGCUCAAAGCGAGGCAAACCUCCGUAGCCUUUUCUUCGUUGUGGAAAGUGUCUCUGUACAUGGCUGUACAUACUAGAAGGGGAAGAUGUUAAGAUAAUGUUGCCUGUGGGUUACACAGGGCGCCUGCAGCGUUAAUAUAUUUUAGAAAUAAUAUAUCAAGUAACCCAACUCACUCCAAUUUUUACUCAAUUAUUAAUUUUGUUUUCUGUUGAAGAGAAAGCAGGCUUUUCUAGACUUCAAAGAAUAAAGUCUUGGUGAGGACCAUAGGUAGUGAAAGGAACUUUGAGCCACCCACACAAAAUUCACUUGGAGGGAAAUCUCGUCAAGGACACUUAACGGCAGUUGUGGAUCACCUGUGUCUAUCAACAGAAGGGAUACCGUCCCUGAGGAGGGCCCCCAGCCCUUGUCACCUGUUUAUCCCAUACACCCAUUUCUCUGCGGCACGGGUUUUAAACUGUUUUUUUUUUUUUUUUUUGCAUACUGCUAUAUAUUUCUGUCUCUGUUUAUCUCCCUCCCCUACCUUCCUCUCUCUUCUUUACCUGCCAUUCUUUGAAUUCCUUCAUCUUUUUCUGUCCCCACCCCAUAUCUAUGCACGCCCCCCCACCCCCCAGGCAAAGCAGUGCUCUGAGUAUCACGUCACACAAAAGGAACCAUUGCGAAACACAGGAACCAGCUUCAGCUUGCCCCUGGUUACUCAAGUGAACAAGAGUCGAUGGCACUUGUCCUAGCCUCUAGAAGAGGAACCCUCCAAACCAGCCAGCCAACCAAACAAAGGAAUGUUCCAGAAACAAAGAAUGUACUUUGUCUUUCUACAUUUUGGUAUAUAAGCCAUCAACAUUUAGUGAAAUUAUUUCUUCCUUUAAAAAUUGAAAGUGCAGGAAAAUAGCAAUUUAUACAAGGUUGUUGGCCCAGGGCGUUAAAUUCACAGAUUUUUUUUAAAAAUGAGAAAAACACACAAAUAAAGCUACCUCAGGUGUUUUUUUUACCUCAGCACCUCGCUCUUGUGUUUCCCUUAGAGAUUUUGUAAAACUGAUAGUUGGAGCAUUUUUUAUUUUUGUAAUAAAAAUGAGUUGGAAAAGGAAAAGCUUUCAACUGCCAGCCUGGAGCAGGCGGCAGCCCGAGUGUGCGGCUACCGGGCUGGCUCGUCUUCCGCUGGCCAAGAGCCUGCGUGGCCUUCUUGUGGACACAUCUAAAAAUGUUUAUUUUUUAAAAAUGACAAAAACAGAGAGAGAAUAUUGGAGCCGUCCUGAAUUUCAAUAGGGUGCGUGCCAUGAGGGCUUUUGCGCUGAAGGAUGACCACGGCCUGGUUAUGUGAAGAAGCCAAGAAAGACACCACCAGACUGCAAUGCCGGUUUCCUCUACUGCAAACAGUGUUCUUUGACAAAAAAAAAAA